AAGAGAUCAAAAACUGAUCAAAUCAAAGUUUACGAUCGACUUCAAAAUAUUUUAUUCCCUCAAAAUGAUGGAAUAUGAAUAUGAAAUAGACCCCAGGUAUGUGAGAAGUAGUUAUAACCUUUAUUAAAUCCUUUGAUAUCGAAGUUCGUUUCAUUCAAGGGUUUUUUUUCUUGAUUUCUUUUUGCUACCAGGGGGCUACAAGGAAAACCAGGAUCGGUGGUGUUGAAAAAAGACAAGCAAAAUUUAAUUGGAAUAAGCAUCGGUGGCGGAGCUCCUCUUUGUCCUUGCUUGUAUGUCGUUCAAGUAUUUGAUAACACUCCAGCUUCUCGAGAGGGUGUGCUUCAGGCAGGCGAUGAAAUUGUCGGUGUAAAUGGAAAAUCUCUCAGAGGAAAAACAAAAGUCGACGUGGCCCGAGCUAUUCAAGCCGUUAAAGUAAGUUCUCUUUUUGGUCCUCUUUUCUGUACACAUGCGAAAGAAAUUUAUUUCAUAGCAAACUGUUUGGUAAGUAGAAUUGAGUAUAAGCCAAAUUUAGCUCUGGAUGGAAAGCAGAGCCUUUCAUGACUGAAUGAUUGGAUUUAUUAUUGUUUAAAAGUUUCAUCAAUUAUUGAUUAAUUAAUGAAACUUUCAUAGGAUGUCAAUAUGAUUAGCUUUUCCAUUCCUCAAGACCUGAUUUUUAACUCGAAUUAGCCCUUCCACUCUCUGAAGAGACCAAUUAGUAAUUUCUGCUUAAGAUAUCCAUUUAAUGUCAAGCAAAAAUGUUAUAAGAAUAAUGAAAUCAUAAACCGGGGAAAAUCGCUCGUCUCAGCAUCAAAUUUCCAGAGCUAAAAUUGCAAAGAAUGUAUGAUAGACAGUAACGAUAAUUAAUAUGCAGAUCUUGGAAGUUAUGUGGUCCAUAUGUGGGAUUACUUAAUUCUCAUGCUUUGUGUUAUUGUUGUUUUUUUUAAUCAACAAAUCACAGUAAUUAAUUAAAAGAUAAUAUUUAUUUGCAUUUACCAUGUUAAAUGACCUAAUUAUUAUUCAACAGUUUAUACUUAUUACAUGGUGUAGAAACCUAACUUAACUGACUUUUCAUACAGUUGAUUGGAUUUUAUUAUUGACAUUAGCUCUUGAUGUAAGAUAAAAGCAUGCAUUGAAAGUUUGAAAAAUCAUAAAAUGUAUUUACAAUAUUCAAAAUUAUUUUUAGUUCAAGUAACAAAAUUAUGCCACUUAACACUACUCUCCUGUUUGCUUAUCAAAUUAGGAGGAAGUUACUAUAAACUAUGUCAAGCUACAUGCUGAACCAACAGAAGGAAAAACUCUGGAUAUCAGUAAGUGAAAAGAGUAAAAAUAUGAUAUGUAAAAUAAUUAAUGAUACAAUUAUCUGAUUGAUAUGGUAUGUUUUAUUUAAUUAUAUAUUUUUUAUUUGAAUGUUUACUUGUUUAUGAACCACCUUCAUUAAAAAAGCCCUUGGAAGGCCAUUAUUUAAGGGAUUUGUUGAAGACCUGAUACAGUGCUGGAUUCUCCUUUUAAAUUUUCUCACAUUUCUUUGAAAAAUACAAGGAGAAAUUGAUGUUGCUGAAAAAGUCAAUUAAGGCUUAAUUACAUGUUCUUCAGUUUUACAAGGUAGUAGAGGCAGAUCUGCCCAUGUUCAUGAACUUAUAUUUGUUUUUUAUUACAUAGUAUUAAAGAAAAUGAAACAUCGUAUAGUGGAGCACAUGAGUUCAUCAACUGCAGAUGCUUUGGGUCUCAGCAGAGCAAUUCUGUGUAAUGGUAAGUGGUAGAAGACAGAAAGUACUGUAACCUUUAUGUGUCAAUCUCUGACUGUCUUUUUUUUUUACCUUUCUUUGUGUCUUUGACUGUCAGUCCAUUUCUUCAUAUUCCAUUAAUUUUGUCAGUUCAAUACAGAUGAGAGGUUUAUAAUAGGGUUGCUAUUUGUUUUGCUAAAAAGGUUGAAGAAACUGUUAUUUUUACAUUUAAGAGAGGUUAUAUGCCAGUUGGCCAGUUACCCCCUCUUUGAAUGAAAAAUGGUAUAGUUAUUUUACAUGCAGAUACAUAUUCCAUUUUGUUUUAAGUUAUUUAACAUGUCACUCUAAAACAUUUAAUAUUUUGUUUCCCUUCAGAUGGACUGGUUAAAAAAAUGGAGGAACUGGAGCAAAAUUCCAAUAUCUACAAGGGUACCUUUUUUUGCUGUUGUAAUUUUGGACAUAACUUUGUUUGUUCCAAGGUUCUCAAAAUUUAUAGGAAAAAAACACUAAUCCAUUUAUCUCUUUUUCAGGUCUUCUUGAUCAUGCCAGACAGUUUCUACAAAGCUUUUAUAACUUAGCUCAAACACAUAAAGGUAUGAAAAGAUACUAACAUUUUUUAAUACAUGGAGUUAAUUUAUUUGCAGAAUUAGCCAGUUGGAAAAUACAGACUUGAAGAUUGUCAUUCUUGGGUCUUGUGAAAAAAAUAUCCAAUUUAUAACUUAAAAUUCAAUUGAUCUUAUUUUGCAGAACUUGGAGAAAUAUUUGCUUCCAUUGGUGUGAGAGAAUUGCAGCCAAAUGCAAGUGAGGCAUUUGCAAUUUUUAGCGAGGCUCACAGGUAAUAAAACAAGGCAGCAGUAAACAGGUAUACUAGAAAAAGAUAAGCUAGAAAAAAGAUAGAUCAAAUGAAAAAUUCCCGGGUUUUAUUUGAAACAAAGAUGACACUGAUCAGGAUCAUGGCUGUUUUUGGAGCAGUUAUCCUUGCAGUACUUAAAUUUGAAAUUAUCAUAUGGUACUUGAUUAAAUCUUAUUUAUUUAUUGUUUCUUUCAGAAACUUUGAGAAGCUAGGAAUGGAUUAUCUAAAGAAAGUCAAACCCAUGUUGAGUGAUCUGAACACUUAUCUUUCUAAGGUACAUUUAAUUGAUACAAAUCGGUACAGAUUUUGAUAAAUUAGCUUUAGGUAUUUUAUUGUUAUGCCAGAAAUAUAAACACCAUCAACUAAUAGUAACACCUUUCCUUUUACAGGCUAUCCCAGAUACCAAAUUGACUAUCAAAAAAUAUGCUGAUGCUAAAUUUGAAUAUCUGGUAAGUUAAGUGCAGCUUAAAAUUUAAUGCAAUAAUGUACAGUAGUCCACUUCAAUAACCCACAAUGCUCACUUUACCCCAAAAAUCCAAGAUAUCUUGCUCGAUAAUAAUUUGUUACACUUUUUUUUUGCAGUCAUAUUGCCUGAAAGUAAAGGAGAUGGAUGAUGAAGAAUAUGCUUAUGCUGUAAGUUUGGCUCCUGUCUCCUGUUCCUUUUCUUGUUUUAGAAUCAGUUAUCAGUGGUCAAUAUUUGUGAGUCAAUGCAUUUAGUUAGAAGGAUCGAUUCAUUGUUGUCUUUCCUAUCAUAAGGUAUGUGUCUUCACAGUUGUCUGUGAUUGACUGUAAACACUUUUGCAAUCACUAUUUUUCACAGGCAUUGCAUGAAUCACUUUACAGAGUAGAGACGGGAAACUAUGAUUACAGGUACAUCUCUUGCUCUUCAAAUUUUCUCUCAAAAUGCAUGCUUGCAUGUUUUUGUUUUUUUUAUUUUUGCUGGCAUGUUUUACAGGUUUAUGAUUUAAACUGUUCUAUGGCAUGAGGAAUAAUGCAACCUUUUCUCAUUUGCGUAUGAUGUAGGGUGGUAUUGCGUUGUCGUCAGUUAGCCAGGGAGAGAUUUGCAAAACUACGAUCAGAUGUUCUUGUGAAACUUGAACUUCUUGACCAAAAACAUGGUGAGUCUCUAUGCAUUAGAAUUUCUCUGUUUGUGCUGUGUAACUUUGUUGCUGUGUAAAAAUUAUGGUACUCUCCAUUUUAGGUGCCUUUUCCUAACAGAAAAAUACAAAAAACGUCUGUAUCCUGAAUUCACCAAGGCCUUACAUCAACCACUGACUUUAACUAUCCAAGAUGAUACUCUUAGUAGUCUACUAAUUUUGGUCAGUAGUGAAGUUUCCUUUUUUUUAACACUUUUUGCUAUUUUGUCAUCUCCACAGUACAAGACAUUGUUUUUCAACUUCAGCGGUUUGUUGCAGCUGUUACAGAAUAUCAUGAGAACUGCUAUUCAGUGCUGAAGGAUGCCAAUGUUUUCCCCAUUGAGGUAGAUUUAACGAGAGGAGCACUGGGAAACACACUCAAAUAACUUUCAACUUUAUUUCAUCACACAACAUAAUAAUGAUGGUGAAGAAAAAAAAGGAGCAUUAGUACUGGGAAUAGAAAUUAACUGAUAUCUCUUCAUCGUCUUCAUUUAUUUAUUUUUUAAAGAGCUAUGUAACAGUAUUUGGAGUCUUUUUUUUUGUGUAUCUGUAAAGCUACCUUCAACUUUAUGGGAUUAGUACAGAAUAUAUUAUAUAGCCAAUUAGGCAGCUAAUCCAAGAAGGAUUGAAAUUGGCAAAGAAUAGGGAAGAUCAACCCAUAUUGAAAGUAAUAAAUGAAAGAUGUAUGCAAUUCAUGGUUUUCUUUUUUAGCAUACAGAAAGCCAUGACUUGGGUAUCAAAACUGUGUUACCAUUACAGCAAGUUUUUAAAAAAAUAUCAUUUCAACAGUUAAGCAAUGAGGAGCUCAAUUGCCUUAUUCAGAAUAAAGUUUUGUAGAAGGUACUGUAUGUGACAGUCUUGUAACUUGCAUGCAUCCAUCAACAAAACCAAGUAUACCAUAAAAUUGGUCUUUUCCUCUGGAAAAAUAAGGUUCUAACCAGUCAAAUUCUAGUUCUAUAUAAUGGGACAAAGGAGGAACCAAAUGAUCAUUAGAGAAAGGCUUAUUAUGUGGAGGAUUUCUUUGCAGAAUGUAACCUAGUCACAGAAUCUUAGGUUGUUUAUGACAAGGGAAUUCAGGUGGCCGCCAAAUGGUAUUGUCACUUUUUGUAUCUGAGUUUGCUUGUCAAGAUGGAAGAGUAAAAUAUAAAUAUUUGUACACUUCAUAUUUGCAGAGAGAAUGCCAAUGGAAUUAUGUUUAAAGUUCAAUAAAUUAUUAUAGAUUGAAGAAGUCAGGGUACAGUCAUGCAUUUACUCCAUGGUAAUGUUACCAAUAAAGUUUGAGAAACUGGAGAUUGUGUAAGUUCUGUGUUUUGUCAAAUAUUUAUGUUCCCUAGGCAGUGUGUACCAUGGGUGGUUUGUGGCUUGCAUCCUCAUGUUUGUUUGGUUUUUUUUUACACUUGAC